AUGGCGAGAAAUACUACUAAUAAUUUUUACAUUAAAAUUGAAUUUGGUAUGAAGAAGAUGUUGCAGCAAGUUCAUUUGCUUCUUGGUUUAUGUCAUUAUAUGGAGGCACGAUUGCACGUGCGUGGAAGACUUGUUUCAAUUUUACAAUCGAUUGGAGCUGCUGGUUUAGGAACUCUCGGCACUUCAAUAAGCAGUAGUUUUGGAGCAGCUAUUGGAACUCUCAUUGGGGGUCCUAAAGCUUGCAACAUAUUUAAAAGAAAUCAAAUUUUUGGAAGAUUUAAAGAAAAUAAUUAUCAAAAUUAA